CGAAGCUAUCCACUUCCUUUCCCCCGCUUGUCUCUCUAUUCUUCUCCUCCUCCCACAACUGAUACCGGUAGCCACUAUUGUAUCCCGCAUAUCACAUGAAACACCCUGUUUUUUCCCACGCUACGACCCUAACAUACCAGCAUGCUGAUACGGUUUACGCUUGAGCUUUCUCCUCUCCACAAGUAUCAGCUUACAAAAAACCCCUUGUCAGAUAUUGUAUUCGCACACCCAAUUCAGUCGUGCCAUGACCACACAAAUCGCGUGUCGUCCCGGCCGCACGAAUUACUCAAACGAGGGAAGAAAAAAUUUUGCAUCCCAUCGGAACCGCCCGUCUUCCCACUCAGCAUCUUCAAACGCAACCAAAGUGAAAGCGUCCGCGCCUGGUAACCGCACUAUGGCGGUGCAGUACGACACUGUACUCGUGGCCUACCUUUCACAGCUCCGCGCUGCUUCCAUGCUCAGGCAGCACUCGACGCACUCUGCACUUUACCGCACCUUGCGGGACUGGAUGGUUCGCCCCAUUUCACUCCAUUCCUGCGUGGGGCGGGAAGGCUACCGUAUCAAUUACUGGAUUGUGCUUUCUAAAAUGCAAACGAAGGCACCAGGUUGGGAGGAAUAGAUACCUUCCCUUCUAGUCACGCGCUCUUUCGCCUGCCGCCUCAAAGAACAAUCACCGAAAGGGUAGUCUAACGCACGGUAACCGGUACUGUAACCGUUGUUUGCGAAUGUCUGCCCAUCUGAAUCCUGCCUGCAUAUGGUGCACGCCCAGGUCACCACCCCCACUGCACGCUAUCUCUUCACCGCAGCAAAUCAGAAAUCUCCUUUGUGAAAUCAAUGGCUGGUUUGGUUUGACGCCCGAGUACUAGUGCUCGCGGCAAGGUGCGAAUAUGUAUCUAUCUGUACUCGAGCAUUUCCCCCGCUUCAUGAUACCGGCACCACACACUACUCGAGUACCGGUAUUCGUCAAACUCGAGCAUUACCCCAUAUCGCCGUGAGCUUCCAUUGUGGAGGCAGAGCACAUACCCGCAACUACCGCUAUCCAAUUUGUAACCUUCUGUAUUCUCUGCAUCUCCAAUACCAUGCGGUAGUCUAAGCCUGGUGGUUAGGUCGUAUAUAAACUGUAAUACUUGUAUACCAUAGCAGUUACCGUACUACCCUAUGGUAUACCGGUAAACACGCACCCCCACGACCCCAGGAACCAGGAAAAAUGAAACACCGGCACCCGGCAGGCUCCAAGUGGCAAGCGAACGCGACAAGCAUGUCACCCACACCGAUUCACCUUCCCUUCCUCGGAGCCGCGCGAGAUUUAUUUUUGCGUUGCUGUCCUGUCCAGAAGAAAAAGAAAGAAAGAAAAGGAUCAAAUUUUCCCUGCACCAAGUUGUACCUAUGUUGUCUCACUUUCU